AUGGAGCAGCCACCUGCUAAGAAGAGGCGGCUGCUGGAAAUGGGCGAUGACAUCGAGCCCAUGGAGGUGGACCCGCCUGGCAGCGAUACAGAGCCCAUGGAGUGGAUCCACCUCCAUCGGAGCAGCCCGGUCAUCACUCGGUUGCUGCCAGGCCGAUCAGAAGGAGAUCACGCCCCACAUUUCAUCGCAGGGGCACCAGGAUCCGUCCACCUCUCGCGAGACGGCCGCCUCGGUGCUGGCGCUGAUCCUCCCGUCCUCCAAGACUCCUAUGAGCCCUUCCUUCCUGUUCCCCUCCCUCGUCCCUUCCCAAGCCCCCUCAUCUCUUCUUCACCAAGUCCUGAGGAAGAGGGCAGGGCAGGGACUGCCAUCCUCAGAGCUGCUGUGCCGGGGCAGCGGGAUGAGUACAGCAGAGGGACCGCAAACAUCGCAGGGCACGAGGAUCCUGUAAGUUUACCCUCAGCCAUGAGAGCCCAGCUCAGGGCCAUCCCGCAGGUUCACACAGAGCCUCCAGUUCCUGAUCAUCCUUCUCUUGACAGCCAAGGCUCCCGUGAGCCCAUCCUUCCUGUCCCCCUCCCUCACCCCUGCCCAGGGCGGGAGGAGAAGCCAAAGGGACAGAGGCAGCUGCUCCUGGGGAGAACCAGGCUUUGGUUCAGACAGGAAGAAGUGCUGAACUGCAGCAAGAAGGUCCGGUCCAGAUGCUUCGUUUGGACUGUUCUUUCAAGACUGGACAAUCAACAAUUUAAAACAACAAUACAAAAUAAUAAAAAUUCAAAAACUGCAAAACAAAAUAAACACAUUUUCUUCUUUCAAAAAGUAAAGCAAUAACUGUCUCUCUGCUUUAGGAACCUUAGAGUUUGCACGUAGGUUCCCACGUCCCCUCCUUGUCUCCCGCACACAGGAACGUACCCCAAAGCAGGACACGCUGCCCUCAUUUAAGCCCAAGGGCCAAUCACCGCACUGCACACACCACUGAGGCUGUCCCCUUGCCCUGCCUCAGCACCCUCUGCUACAUGGUGGGGAUAUUUCACACACACCUCAUCAAGAACACAGGAAAAUGCCCAUUUUUACGCUUGAACCAAAGAAUCAUAAAACUCACAGUGUUUCUCUUCCUCUUAACAACUGACUGGUAAAUGAACCAAGAGGUGCUUGAACUGAAAACAAGAAUUGGCAUUUGUCAGGACAAACACAGAACUAAAACAAAACAUUCUGGUUUCAAUUAAUGACAGCCCCUCCCUGGGUGGCAGUCAGAAGUCCCCUGCCCUGCGCCAUCAUGGCAGCAGCUCUGCCCCGCCAAGCACCCUGGCCCGGCCCAACAACAACCGCACAGCUGUGCGUGGUCAGUGCUGUACAGGCUGACACCAGGACACAGGGAGCACACAGCGCAGUGCUGACUCAAGUGACAGCAAAGAAUUGUGUGCAGUUUGAUACACUGGCUGAACACAGUCCUGUGAACAGUGAAAAAUAUGCCGCUGUGCUUUCCACUCUGAGAAUGGAAUCUGAGAAUAGGUUGCAAGAUUGUUGAAAAAAUAAUGAACUUCUUGUAUAUCUGUGAAUCUAUUUCAGAUAACAUAAAUUUGUGUGAAUUUUCAAAUGCAAUGUAUUGUGCUGAAACCAGGUACUGAACUAAAAGAUCUGAUUGUAUCUCUCUUAACAAACUUUUAGAAGCACCAUUUGACCAGAAAUAUCCCUCGCUACACAGGAACGCCUUACUCAUAGCCAUCACUUUCUGGCCACACGUACUUUUGUGAACAACUGCUUUCAAGGAUGAAGCACACAAAGUGUAGAAUUUCAUCAAAAAUCUCUGACAAACACCUUGAGAACUUGCUAAGAAUUGCAGCCACUGAUAUCAAACCAGACUGGGGCCUUAGUUUCACAAAAACAAGGUCAAAUACCCCACUGGUUUUAUGUUUCUGGGGCUCUUUUGUUGCAGUUUGAAUAACAACAUUUUAAAGAUUGAAGUAAGUUUUGUUAUUUACAUCUGCUGAGGGCUGCUCCAAAAGUAAUGCCUCCUAUUUGAUUACGCUGGCCCACAACAUCAGAAGUGGAUGCUGACGGUAUGGCAGUAGGGGUUGAACCUUUCCACCAGUAUCCCAUCACAUGUUGGUGCCGCGGGACAGAUGAUAGCAGAGGGGCGGUCUGACAAAAUGGCAUCUGAAAUGGAAGUGCGUCUGAAGCAAAGGCGUGCCAUUGAGCAAAAAUGGCACCCAGUGCCAUUCACUGACGUUCACUGAGCGUUUACGGAGACCCAGCAGUGGAUGCGAGCACAGUGAGGCAGUGGGUGGUGCGUUUCAGCAGUGGCUACAGUGGGCCACCUCCGCAGGUGCAGAUCUUCACAAGCACAGCAUGCAGGCUCAUGGCUUUUUGCCAGUGAAAAUGCAUAGGCCAACGGUGGUGACUAUGCUGAAAAGUAGUGUUUUCUAGCUGAGAAUGUGUUCUAUUAAACAGUGCUAUUGUUCUCUUCUUAUCAGUUGUCGUUUCCAUGGAAAUAAACAGGAGGCAUUACUUACAGAGCAACCUAUAUAUAUGCCCUGUAUAUGUACCUGUGCAUAAGCACUAGCUACAGUAGGAUUCACUAUUAUCUAACAGGAUGGAAGAAGUGUACGCUUAGUCUUAUUCUUCUUCUAGCAUGUUCUUCCUUAAAGGCCGCCGCGUGCUUCGGCCGUACUACACUCUAUCCAGUGCCCAUAUGCUAAGGUAUCUCCUCACCAGAUCAAGAGCAUUACAGGUUGGGUUGGCAGCUGUAGCACAGUUUGAUGGGAACACUCCUCUGUUUUAGCACCAUGAGAGAAAGCUGAGAAGGGCUUUUGAAACAGUAACUUCUGAAACAACCAAAAUCUGUGGUAAAGGAAUAUGAAUACUCCCGCGCAAAGUCUCCCUAGCUACUUUACUUGAAAUAGUAGGAAUUGAAAAGAGAAAGACUUAAAUCUUUAAUUUCCUCAUGCCUUAUAAAUCUAUGAGCCAUAAAGAAAAAAAAAACUCAUCUUUUAUAGGAAAAGUUUUAAUUUCUUUAUUCAUUGUACCCUGCCUGAAUGCAGACAUGAUUUUUGGCAUUACACUUCACUUCAGCUGCUUGGGCUACCCUCAAAAAAAAAAAAAAAGAUUAAAAAAAAGCUACCUGUUCUAGUAUUUCCUUGAAGUACAAACUCAUGUUAUUUAC